UGGACGCGCACGAGCACAGGGCUGCGGGUCCGAGGCGCGGGAAGCUGCGGAAGCGCCGUUCGCAGCGCUCAGCGUCGGCAAGAGGAGCGCGUCGCAGGAGCGGCGGCACGAGCGUCGCCGCGAGACACCCGAAAAGAUGGAAAAAACGGCACACAGUCGCGUCUGACACUUUGGAAACAUUUAAUUUUUUCUUUUUCUUUCGGAAUACUGAAGUUGAAGUGCAGAAUUAUAUCUCACGUCGGAUGACACUUCGAGGAGUCAACUUUGAUUCUGCGCCAACGCAACGUGGAGAAAUGAGAUUUUUUUUUUAACGACCCACGUUUCCGGACUCGGAGCGCAUCCAAAGUGAGGGAAGAAUUGAAUGGAUAACUGGAGUUUUACUUAUCGCAGUUGAAUGAGGUCUAAAGGCAGCAUCUCUAACCUCUCCACCCCCAGCUGGCCACAUGAAGAACAUUGUGGAUCAUCAGAGGCCUUGAAGCCACUGUUCCAGUGGAAGAUCCAUGUGCGGGUAGGAUGUGCGUCCAGUGAGUCCGCAAUCCAGCUGAACGCAUCGCAGAUGGAGCUCCCACCUUCUGCCACAGACUCCUCAAACUGCUGCCUGGUUUUAUCUCAGCAUCGCGACGACACUCUCUUAGAUCUCGAAGACAGCACUAAGUUAUUUAUAGUGCAGCUGAUUCUUAUCGUUGCCUACAGCACAAUUAUUUUUCUCGGGGUGAUCGGAAACUCCCUCGUGAUUUAUGUUGUGUACAAAUUCAAAACAUUGCACACGGUCACCAACUUCUUUAUUGUAAACCUUGCCGUGGCAGAUCUGCUGGUGAACACCUUGUGUCUGCCGUUCACGCUCAUGUACACCCUUCACGGCGAAUGGACCUUCGGGAAGACUUUGUGUUUUGUCCUACCAUACGCUCAAGGUCUGGCUGUCCACGUCUCCACGGUCACCCUAAAUGUUAUAGCAGUGGACAGGUACAAAUGCAUCGUCCAUCACCUGGAGACGAAAAUGUCCAAGGACGCGUGUCUUGCUGUGAUUGGGGUGACCUGGGGUGUCAGUGCUGUUAUCGCGAGUCCGCUCGCCAUUUUUAGAGAGUACGGGACGUUCGACGUCUCCCCGGAGCGGUCCAUCCAGGUGUGCACAGAGAAGUGGCCCAGCGGGUAUAGAGAUGGCGCUGCCUACAGCAUCUCCACGCUCUUCCUGCAGUACAUUCUACCUCUGUCUGUUAUUUCCUUCGCCUAUGUCAGGAUCUGGGCCAAGUUGAAGAACCACGUGAGCCCGGGAGUGGGAAACGAUCGGCAUCGCGGACGAAGGAAGACCACCAAGAUGUUGGUGACCAUGGUGAUCGUGUUUGCCGUGAGCUGGCUGCCCUUCCACGCAUUCCAGCUGGCCAUUGACAUCGACAACAGCGUUCUGCACAUGAAGGACUUUAAGCUGCUCUACACAGUGUUCCACGUGGUGGCCAUGUGUUCCACCUUCGCCAAUCCCAUCCUCUACGGCUGGAUGAACAAGAACUACCAAGCUGCCUUUGCGGCCGUGUUCAAGUUUGAAACCAGGUCCAUCUGUGAGACCGAACAAGUGGAGAAAGGGAGACUUGGAAACAAAAGAAGUUUUCAGGCAAAGGACACCGUCGCUCCAAAUGUGAAUGCUACACAUGUCUGAAUGACUGAAGACAUCUACAAUUUAAGGGAAUGAUUUAGCUGAAUGAGUGAAGAAAUCUUAACAAUUUACACUGUGCCAAUUGUCACCCAACGAAAUAUCGGGAUUCUUGCCUUGGAAAAAUAUGCUGUGCUUUAUAACAUCCCAAAGGCAUGUCACCUAGAAAAUGAAUUAAACUCUAUAAAAGAUGUCAUCAUGAUGAUCACCAUAUAAAGCAACAGUGUAUGUAAUAUAUUUAAGGAGAAUGACUUGUGCUAUACAUUGCAUGGCAUAAUUUAAAGUAUAAGUAAAAAAACUGCAUGCAAUCUGUAAUGAUGCUUAUAUAAAGAGCCUUUUGACCUAGUGUUUCUCUGUGCAAUAGGACUGAAUGGAUUAACAUACUUUGCUGUUGAGCUCAGAGUUGGGUCUCUGACACCACGUUAUUAUAUUUAGUCUUAAAAAAGUAAAAGCAUCCCAUCUAGGGUGAAUGACGUCACGAGCUUCCCAGGGAAGCUUCCAGCCACUCUGAAAUUCUGAGUGAAUGUCCAGCCCUCGCUUUGCAUGCGUUUGCACUGAGCUACAUUCACUAUGACUGUGCCAUUUUGACACCAUUAUUUUCACAACACGGAUAUUAUCUCACAGAUAUGACUUUCUUACGCAGCAGAUCGGGACUCGUACCGAUGCACCAUGAACUACGUGUGAACUAUAAACAAAAAAAUGAAGCAAGAAAUAAAUGGCACAAUAAAAUGUAAUGCAUUUUAAUGUCAAGUGGAUGUAUCAGUAUAUAGUCCAGAUAAAUAUAGGCAAUUUAUGUAUUUAAUACAGUGUUGUCACUCCGGCAAACCCCUUUUCAUCCUCUGGAGCUGAAUCGGUCCAGUGCUGGAAAAUACAAUAAUUUGUCCGAGAAGCACACACCAGCUUCUCGGACAAAUUAUGAAUAAUUGAUGAUUCCAACCACAUAAAAUUAACGUGGGUAAGAGUAGUACAGCAGAAAGAAUGGACGCACUCAUCCCGUUAGAAUAAAAAUGUGUUAAAUAGACAGUGAAAGAUCAGGAUCUGCCCUGAUCAGGUGACACAUCAGCAUAUGCAAGAGGUGGCAGACAAAAGAGCGGUGACGGGGUGCAUUUAUAGGGUGAGAUGGUCAUGUUAUAUAACUAUUUAAAACUGCUACAUUAUUAUUACUGAUUGUUGCAUUGUGAGCAACGCACAAAUUAUCCAGAACAGCUUUGCUCAUGUAUCCAAGUAAUUUAACUUUUAAGUGAAAUCUUCCUUUUGAAUAAUUUAACUUGAUAUUAUAAUUAUAGAAAAAUGUACUUCUAACAGGUGAGACAACGGAUAUUUUGAAUGAGUUGCAGUUUCAGUUCACAUGGUAUAUAAUGAAAUGCAAAUUUAGCUGAACUGUUUUUAAACAUUGGGACCAAUGUCUUCAUCAGGGAAAACCCCACUGACUUGUCCACUUGGGUGUAUUCGAUCCCUUGUCCCCUGUGACAAUUUUAUCUGACUUGCAAAGUGUGUUGAAAUGAGCUAUUUUUUGUUGUAUGCAAUCUGCAUGUUUGUUACUUGCUACGUGAAAAGCCUGAUAAAAAAUGUUGUACAUUAGAGACUACAGUUGAAUAAUACAUUAAAUCCAUUAGCUUG